CAGCCCUCCAGCCACCGCUCCGCAGAUAACAUGGUCUUGUGCCGCCGCUGACAGUCGUUUUUGUCCACCGUCAUAUUCUCCGACUCUCCAGCCCUGAUCAACACGUCCCUUGCCUCGCUGGGCCAUACACAACAAUGUGCCUUGUCAAAGUGCACGAGGAGCCCGACAUUGCGGUGCCCUACCGCGUUCACCGGGAGCCGCCGCGGAGACGCUCGACCCGCGUCUCGCGCACCUACAUCGAAGAAGAGCGGCGGCGCCCUCCGUCGGUCGUAUCGCACCACCACCACUCGUCGCAACACUUCGCCAGAGUCUCCAACCCGCCCGCCCUGCAAGUCCCGCCGCCGCAGCCCGUGCCUGUCUUUGUGCAGCCUCCACCGCAUUCCGUGCCAGUGCCAGUGCCGCCGCCGCCGCCGCCGCCUCCGCCCACCGCGCCUCGCGUCCCCAGCCCGCCGCCGUCAGCGCACUACGUCGAGGUCAGCCCGCGCAGCAGCUACAGUUCGUCGGACCGCGGCAACGAGUACGUUCUGCGCGAGCGCGAGGUUCGGCGCGAGCGGCGCGAGUACGAGCACUCGCCGGCGCGCAGCAGCUACACAGACUAUCGCCGCAGCAGAGGGCCGGAGUACGAGACGUUCCGCUACAUUGAGCCGCCGGAGGAGAGGCGCGAGCCACGUUGGGCUGGCGGUAGGGACAGGAGCAGGUCGCGCGACUACCGAGCGGACGACCCCCGGGCCAGCUACCGGAGCACGCGGAUCGAAGUGCACAAUUCCAGGAGAGGAGGGGAUAGGGACUAUUAUAGGUAGCCAGUGCGGGAUUUAUGACCGGGGAGUGGAGGGAAGGGAAGGGGAUGUUGACAUUUACAAAUGUUGUAAUUCCGGAGCGGUAGAGAGGGAGAGAGCCUUGAUUCCUUCUACUUCGUAUAUAGAGAUACGUGCAAUGAUUCGGUUGCGGCUUGGAUGCGCCAGGGUCCAAUGACGACGGUGAUCCAAGGUUACCCGAAACCAUGGCGGAACAGCUCACUAGCUGAGACCUUGAUCGCCCCGAGCCGCAAGCUCUCAAA